GCCUGUGCCGCCGCCACGACAGUGACGGCACGGCGCUUUCACGCCCUCUCCUCCACCGCCGCGGCGCGGCCGUCGUGCAUGCUCAUGCGGGGAAAAGGCGCCGCGCGGCGCGACUGCGCUCCGCAGCGUCAUGCGCACAGGGCACCCUCGCUGUGCCCUGCCUCAACGCUGCAGCUGCAGCGCCGCUUGUAGGACUGAGCACGCCGUCAGAAGCUGAGGGCUGAAAGAGCGCCGCUUGAGCGUCUGGGCGUCUCUGGACGAGAGGUGCGCGCCGGGGCGGCACGUUGCCUGCACGUCUCGUCUGUUGGUGGCGACCCUUGUGCUUGGUCCCACCGCCGCCGCUGCCGAGUGCCGCCGAUCAUCCAGACGGGAGCGCGAGAGGCUUAUUCGGCUGCCCCGCACUCACGCACGGGCGACGCACGCCCGUGCGCUGCGCGGCGCAGUCGAGGCAUGGCUCUCUUGAGUGGCUCAUCAGCCAGCUCGCGCCUUGCUCCCCACCACCACCACCCACCUACCACCCCAACUGCACAUCCCCUCACCCCCAUGUCGCUCCAGAUUCCCGACAACCCGGCGCCGCACGGCUACGUGCCCGUGCCCUCGUCGCACAGCAGCGCCCUCUCGACGGCACGCGAGCUGCUCAAGGAGCUGCGUGAUUCCUCCGAGUGGCAGGACGCCGGCGAGCGCGACGAGGUGCGCCUCAGCAAGAUUGUCGAUGCGCACGACAGCUAUGCCAUUCCCGUCACGCGCGGCGAGACCGUCGUCGAGGGCGCCACGCCGCAGCAGGUGCUGGCCGCGCUGACACUGCCGGGCAUGCGCAAGAAGUGGGAUCCGCGCCUGGACUCGGGCCACGCCAUUGAGCGCUACACGCAGUCGUCGUUCCAGGUGUACAGCGUGAUGAAGUCGCCCUCCUACUUCAUCUGGGCGCGCGACAUUGUGUGCAUGCAGGAGACGGCGUACGCCGCCGACGGCAGCAGCGCCGAGAUGCUGCAGGUCUCCGUCGCCGACGAGGAGCGCCUGCCGGAGAAGGGCAGCUAUGCCAAGUCGCGCACACGCGCCACCGUCGAGCUGAGCGCGUGGAGUCUGGAGAAGGAGGGAGAGAAUACCAAGCUGAGCUACAUCGUCAAGGUGCACCUCAACGGCUCGAUUCCCACGUCCGUCGUGCAGAUGCUCGCCGUCGAGACGCCCAUGUGCGUGGGGCGCGUGCGCGAUGUCUUCUACCAGACGGGCUACGUGCCGUACGAGCUCGUCGCCAACAACACGUCGGGCGAGUACGCGGACCACCAGUCCGUGUCCGUGCUGCAGCUCUUCGACGACGGCGACGGCACCGAGGCGACGAGCGGCGAGCGCAAGUGGACGGCGCAGUACCUCGGCACGGGCAAGGACACGGUGCACAUCGCGUACGACGGACAGCGCAUGUACCCCGCCGGCGUCCACGUCGAGGUGCAGGGCGACGCGGCGGCUGCGGUCACCGUCAACGUCGACGAGCAGAAGAAGCUCAUCACGCUUGAAGUCGCCGAGGAGGCAAAGGACAAGAACUUCGACGUCGUCGUCACGCCCAAGUAGGCAGCUUCUCUCGCGCGCGCGCGCGCAUGGCCCGCCUCGACGCAUUGCCCUCUCGAUGGCUGCUCUUUUCGCCUCUGUCUCGUUUGCCCCUCUCCUUUCUGUGCUACCCCCAUGCUUGGCCCCCCACGUCCUGCUCGCCCCCUCGUUUCAAUGACCAUGGCGAAUUCCUCAU